GCGAGUACCAUUUUAAUCAUUCGCUCCCCAAAUGAAUGUGGGGCUAUCGGGUCACUCGCAUAUCGCAUACUUUCUCUGUCCGUGCAUAGUGCUUCCUCUUCCUUUCCCAAUCAAAAAAUCUCCUUCAUUCCGCUUCGUUUCGGCACCCUCGGCGCACGUUAGCGUGCAAUACUGUUACUUCCAUUAAAUACACAGGCGCGUACGAGCAUUUCCAUUUACAUUAACAUUAUCAUUUCGUUUUCAUUUCUCGCGCGAAAGAGAAUUUGGUUUGGUGAUUGGUGAUUGUUUGAGACAAUGGCGACGGCAAAUAAGGUGGAUCUGGACGGGAGGCCGAUAAAGCCGAUCACAAUAUGCAUGAUCGGUGCCGGAGGUUUCAUAGGCUCUCACCUCUGCGAGAAGUUGUUGUUAGAGACGCCGCAUAAGAUCCUUGCUCUUGAUGUCUACAACGACAAGAUCAAGCACCUUCUCGAACCGGACUCACUUCCCUGGGUUGACCGGAUCCAGUUCCACCGCCUCAACAUCAAGCAUGACUCCCGCCUUGAAGGCCUCAUUAAGAUGGCGGAUCUGACGAUAAAUCUGGCGGCUAUUUGUACUCCGGCGGAUUACAAUACGCGUCCCUUGGACACGAUUUACAGUAAUUUUAUAGAUGCUCUCCCAGUGGUGAAGUACUGUUCGGAGAAUAACAAGCGUUUAAUUCAUUUCUCUACGUGCGAGGUGUAUGGUAAAACGAUUGGGAGCUUUCUUCCUAAAGAUAGCCCUCUUCGUGAGGAUCCUGCCUACUACAUUCUUAAAGAAGAUGCUUCCCCGUGCAUUUUUGGACCCAUUGAGAAGCAGAGGUGGUCCUAUGCAUGUGCAAAGCAAUUGAUUGAGAGGCUGAUUUAUGCUGAGGGUGCGGAAAACGGCCUUGAGUUCACCAUUGUGAGACCUUUCAACUGGAUUGGACCCAGGAUGGACUUCAUUCCUGGCAUUGAUGGCCCAAGUGAGGGUGUUCCGAGGGUUCUGGCAUGCUUUAGCAAUGCUCUUUUACGCCGAGAGCCUCUCAAGCUUGUGGAUGGUGGUCAAUCUCAGAGAACUUUCGUUUAUAUCAAGGAUGCAAUUGAAGCUGUUCUCUUGAUGAUCGAAAAUCCUGCCAGGGCUAAUGGUCACAUUUUUAAUGUGGGAAACCCGCACAAUGAAGUUACUGUUAGGCAGCUUGCUGAAAUGAUGACAAAGGUCUAUUCACAGGUAAGCGGAGAACCUGCUCCUGAGGUGCCAACAGUUGAUGUUUCCUCCAAAGAAUUUUAUGGUGAGGGGUAUGAUGAUAGUGACAAGAGAAUUCCAGAUAUGACCAUAAUCAAUAGACAGCUUGGUUGGAACCCUAAGACAUCACUGUGGGACUUGCUUGAAUCAACCCUCACUUAUCAACACAGGACUUAUGCUGAGGCAGUUAAGAAGGCCAUUGCAAAACCUACAUGCAGCUGAGGAAACACUCGAGGAUGGGAGUUCUUGGAUAGACUUUUUUUGGGCAUGAGUUCCAAUUCUUUGGUGAGGGAAUUUUAAAUGUGUUGGUGGUUUUUUCCAUAUACACUAUAAUUCUUGUCUUUCCAGUGUCAAUAGUCAGUGGCUCGCAGUAGCUCAGGUAUCCUGUACUUCAAAUAUUACUCUUGAAAAGAUAAUUAGGAUCUUAUUAGGCAAGUAUAUUUUGUUUCUGUAACCCGUCGUGUGAGCUUGGGCUACGACAUAAAGGGGGCAUUAUACAAAAUUUGUUCUGUUUCUUUAGAGUUUUGCUUGACAUUCCUCUGUUUUGUUUCUCCAGGGAUGUGUUGUAUUAAUUUGUUGACCCUGUCAUGUUCUUAUUAAAUUAUUAUUUUUUAAUUGCAA